AUGUGAUGUAAAACGCAAAUUUUCUUCUUUUUAUUUAACUAACAGUUAAAAUUCAAACUAUGAAAAAUGUCUGGAAAUGCAACUCAGCAAGAAACCGAACAGCAAUGGAUUGUAUUUACAUUUACCGUCACUAGAUAUAUCAUUCUUAUUUUUAGUGUUUUGGGAAAUGUUUUUUUAGUUGUAGCAUUGAUUAAAAUUCGCCGGUAUAAAAAGUUUGUUGACAAACUUAUUAUUAACCUAAGUGUUGUUAAUGUUUUACUGGUGUCCGUUUCAAUUCCUGCCGAGCUAAUUAUGCGGGCGUCCAAAAACUUUCUACUUGGACACGUAGGAUGUAAGCUUUUAACUCCCAUUUCGACAUAUGCUGUAAACACAGGCGUAUUUACUUUAUUAGUGAUAGCGUUUGAACGUUGGAAAGUAGUUGCUCAACCAUUUAGUUUGAUAAACGAUGGUCUAAGAUCUGUUUUGAUAAUACUGACUAUUCAUAUUUUUGGGAUUGGAACUGUCAUACCUUAUAUGGUCACUCUGCGUUGGGAAAAUAAUCAAGUACAGUAUGUAUGCAUAGAAACUUGGUCAGAUGAAUCUGCUCGUUUGUAUACUGUGGCGUUGUUUGCAAUGCAAUACGUAAUUCCCGUCCCAAUUAUGCUUGCGUUUUAUGCUAGAGCAUGGAUUAUCAUUCAAAAAAGAAAUCUGGCUGUAACCAAGCCUAUGACGCCUUUAUUUUCUAGCCGUGAACACAGCGAAGCAUCACGAAAAACACUUUCUUUUAGUCACGAUGGUACGCAUUCAAAAUGUUCAGAAAAACAUGCUCCGUUAUUACCAAGUUUGCGUAGAUCUAGUGAGGUAAUCAUGAAUUAUAUUUUCCCUAACUCCAUGAUUGAACCAAAGACACUACAGCAUAGAGCUUUUGAACGGCGGUUCCGACAAAGUCGGGAUUUAUUGCGUACGUUCACUGUAGUUGUAAUGGUAUUUGUCAUAUUCAUGCUUCCAAAUCAAAUUUAUUGGAUAACAGAAACUUUUAAUAAAUCAAACAACCCAAACAGAUACAAUCCUGUUAUUUAUAAUGUAGUUUAUAUUCUAACAUACGCAAACUGCGUUUUUAAUCCAUGGAUCUAUGGAGGUCUAAAUGAAAGGUUCAGAAAAGAUUUUAAACGUGUUAUUCUCCGGAUUUCAUCUGUAUUCAGCAAAAAUCAUAAUUCAUAUAAGUAAAAUAAGAAAAAUAUUAUACUAAAUAAAUAGAAGAUUAUU